AUGAUGAAUCAAACAAAAAUCCCUAAUGAUAUAAUUAGUCAAUCUUCUUGUCGUUCAAGUCAGUCAACAACAACAAAUACAGAUGAUGAUCAAUAUGAAUUUAUAAAUCAAUUACCGUCAAAUAAUAAAACAUCUACUGAAAUAAAAGCAACAUUAAGUCCUGAAAUAAUUUCAUCAGCAACAUUACUUUCAACUCCACCAUUAUCUUCACCAUCUUCAAGUGAUGAAGAGGAACCUCUCCAAGGAAAAAAAGUAUUAAAUGUUGAAAAUUCAAAUCCACUAAUUAUUCAAGAAUCUGGUCAUUUUGAACCUGUCGAAAUGGCAGUUGAACAAGCAAAUUUAUUAGAAGAAGCCAGUCCAACUGCUUGA